AUGUACGACCUUCCAACAAAUCAUACGCUCCUCGACCAUCCGGAGCUCUGCACACUGGAGACCUGUCCCCUGGACUUGGCCUGGGUGCAGUACCUGCCUUCGUUUUCUGGUAACUCGCUCUACCUAGGCGUCUUUGGCGUCGCCUUCUUCCUGCAGUUCGUCCUAGGUUCUUUCUAUAAGACAUGGAGCUUCAUGAUCCCCAUGUUAGGCGGCUGCCUUCUCGAGAUUCUGGGUUACAUGGGUCGGGUCCGGAUGCAUCACAACCCAUUCCGUUCCGAUACAUUUUUUCUAUAUCUCGUCUGUCUCACCAUCGGCCCCGCUUUCGUCUCCGCCGCCAUCUACCUCUGCCUCUCACGCAUCGUCAUCGCGUUUGGCGAACGCAUCGCCGUCUUUAAACCCCGCGUCUACUCCCUCACCUUUAUCGCCGCCGACAUCAUUGCCAUCAUCCUGCAAGCCGUCGGAAGCGCCAUCGCCUGCAUCGCCGACGACAGCGGCACCCGCGACAUCAGUACGUAUGUCAUGAUCGCCGGGCUAGCGUGUCAAGCCCUCAGUCUCGCCGUGUUCGUGGUCCUCUGCAUCGACUUCAUCCUACGAGUGCAGCGCGCCCCCAUCGUGCGCUUCAACGCCCAAUUCGACCCCCUGCGUCGCUCUCCCAGCUUCCGCUUGUUUCUCGCCGCGCUGGCAAUCGCCACCGUCGCGGUCUUCGUCCGGUCCGUGUUCCGCUGCGUUGAGCUGAGCCAGGGGUUUGACGGCAAACUAGCCGGCAAUGAGAUUACCUACAUGGUGCUGGAGGGCGCCAUGAUCGCUCUGGCCGUCGUCGUCUUGACGUUCUUCCACCCUGGCUGGGUGUGGAACGAAUAUUGGGCCAAGGCGGCCUGGCAUGUCCGAUCUUCUUCUUAUUCUUCCCCGUCAGCGUCGUCGACGUCGAACCCCCCGAGGCGCGACGUGGAAGCCGCGUACAAGGCUGUCCACGGGUCGGACGAGGAACUCAUUGCCCCAGAGUCCCCGCCAGCGACGCAGAUGAGUCGUCUGACUUCGGUGGAUACAAAUUAUCGAUCCCCUUCGGAGAGAUUUUAUCAGCCACAGGGGCCGGAGCCGGCGCAGCAACGGCUGCUGUCUUCAUCUCGAUAG